GUUCAUCACAAAUCCAAAGCAACAGAAGCAGAAGCUGCAACAGCAACUUGAGCAUAAAAAAGUUUAAAUUCAUUUUUUUUUUUUGACGUGCGUGUGUUUUGUGUGUUAACAAAAAAAAUGUCCAGCGCUGAACUAUUUCCAACGACCAUCGGUGGCGCCACCAAAAUGUUUCGCUAUCAGCACAUAAUGCCGGCGCCAGAGCUUAAAUUAAAUAACAAUAAUAUUAAUAAUGCAGCUAGUGGCAACAACAACAACAACAACAACAGUUUGAGCAUCAAGACACGCAAAUAUACGCCGCGUGGCAUGGCGCUGGCUGCUGCUGCUGCUGCUGCCAGUGGCGCCACCAGCAAUGUUGCUGCUGCUGCUGCUGCAUCGACUGCGCCCUACGCUGUCGAUCAAUCGCAGUCUGUGCAGCGGCGCAACGCACGCGAACGCAAUCGGGUGAAGCAGGUGAACAACAGUUUUGCUCGCUUGCGUCAACAUAUUCCCCAGACGAUUAUUGCGGAUCUAACCAAGGGCGGCGGACGUGGACCGCAUAAGAAAAUCAGCAAGGUCGACACGCUGCGCAUUGCCGUUGAGUAUAUCAGACGCCUGCAAGAUUUGGUGGAUGAUCUGAACGGUGGCGCCACCAGCAGCAGCCAAAGCGCUAGCGCCGCUGCCCUGGCUCAGCUGAAUCUGUGCCUAGACGAGAGCAGCAGCAAUAGCUCGAGAAGCAGCAGCGCCAGCUCCCACAGCAGUUCACAGAGCAGCCAGCACAGUCAGGAGCAGCUCUACUAUGCCACAACGCUGCAGCAACAGCAGCAGCUGCAACGCCAGCAAUUUCCACAUCAGCCGCUGACCACAAUCGAUUUGAACAGCAACACGCCCGCUGCUGGCAACACUUGCCACUCGCCCACAUCCUCGUUCAACUCCAGCAUGAGCUUCGACUCCGGCACCUUUGAGGCGGCGCCACAGCAACUGUCCAGCGCCUGCAACUCAUCCUCGAGCAGCAGCAGCAACAGCGCCCAGCUGCAACUCAAGUUCGAGCCCUAUGAGCAUUUCCAGCUGGACGAGGAAGAUUGCACCACGCCGGAUGAUGAGGAAAUACUUGACUACAUCAGCUUGUGGCAGGAGCAGUAAGCUGCAUGCAACACGCCCCCAUAUACACGCCCACCUACUGUUUAAUCUCUAGUCAAAGUAUUUUUUAGUA